UAGUACAGCUAAAAAGAUCAAUCGUUUUUCUGUCUUUUUCAUGUAUAUUCCAAAGUGCAGGUUGCCUAAAAGCAAGACAGGGCGGACAAUCUUUUCACGCUUCACUCCCUAUAUGUAAGGUACAGCGAAUUUUUCAUCUGUAGUAGUACUACAUCAAUCGCGCCGUUGGCAAUGCUUCAUGUUCGCUUGAUAAUCUCUCGGGUAUCAUGUUUCGGACAAAAUUAGAUCGAAGUAUCUAAAUUUCUCGUUUAUCGUACAGACGUGCGCGAUCGAGUGGCGCGCGCGACAUUUCGUAAUCAAUCGGUCGAUCGAUCGAUCGUAGCGGCAUUUCGCGUUUUCGCCACGCGUACGUAUCGAACUGCUUUCUGCGUCGUGUGCGAGGAGGCAGGUCGCGCGCGCUCGGUGGCUGUGUGUGCGCGCGCGUGCUUCGCAACGAAAACAGAGUCCGUCGACGACUCUACGCAGCUACCCCGUGUCGCUCUCCCCGUCCGACACACAAAACAAAGCUCGCGGGACGCACGGAAAUCUCCAAGUGAGCGAGCGAACAAACGGAGGAACUCGACGUCUCGGACGAGAGAGAGAGAGAAUCAGCGAUCGAUAUGACACUCGCAUAACGCACGUAAUCAUGGGUCGCCGUUCUUACCGAAGGUUAUCGUCGUCACCGUCGACGUUGUCGCACGUAAACACGACGGAUCGCGGCGGCUUGUGAAGAUGGAAGACUGAGCGAGGGCGGUGCGCGCCCCUUCGAUUGCGGCCAAGGAAGGACUCUCUGUUCGUCUCUCGCUCGCUGCUAAUCGUGUGUGUCAAGCUUCUGUGUGUCUUCUCCUCGUUAUCGCGUCGCGCAGCGAAACCGUUCGGAUGCGGAGGGUGCCACGAUGGUGAUACGAUUAUAAUAUACCAAUUCGCAGCUUGCCGCGUAUGCAAUUGUUCAGAUUUGUCCUGCAACCGCGUGAAGAUCCUUAAGACUGCCCGUCCUUACCUUUACCAUGGAAGUAGUAGUCUAUAAAUCCUGAACUGAAAGGAGGAUGCCAGUAACUAAACGCAUUCUAUAUCCUUCGCGAUCCGACGGCGGUAGUAGUGAGAGUCCGUUACUCGUGGAAGAAGGAGAGACGGUCGGCGCGCCUCACAGUCCACGCAAUAAGCAUAGUCACAGCCAUUCACAUAGCAAUCCCCAUCGGUCUCACAGUUAUCAUCAUGAGAAGCCGAAACAAUUAGUGAAAUACGGAGAACUAGUUAUACUUGGAUACAAUGGUUACCUUCCAUCUGGUGAUAGGGGAAGAAGGAGAAGUAAAUUCGUACUAUACAAAAGACCAGUGCCAAAUGGCGUUAAACGUAGUAAGCACUACAUCGUUAAGACGCCCCAUAGCUCGCAGGCUAUUCUCAACACGAAGCAACACUCGAUCUCAUAUACACUGUCCAGAACGCAGGCCGUUAUCGUCGAAUACACAGAAGACGAGGAGACGGACAUGUUUCAGAUCGGUCGUUCGUCCGAGUCGCCUAUCGAUUUCGUGGUAAUGGAUACGUGCGCGGGCGGCGGAGAUGGCGGUCCCGCCAACGAAGGACGCGUUGCCCAAAGCACCAUCAGCAGAUUCGCCUGCCGGAUUCUAGCGGAUCGAUCGGACCCGAGAAUCGCUCGAAUUUAUGCCGCGGGCUUCGACAGUUCGAGAAACAUUUUUUUAGGUGAAAAGGCAACCAAGUGGCAAGAGAAUCGUGAGAUCGACGGUCUCACGACGAAUGGGGUUUUAAUAAUGCAUCCUCGGGGUCAGUUUUGCGGCGGCGAAGCGCAAUGCGGCUUCUGGCGGGAGGUCAGCGUGGGCGGUGGAGUCUUCUCGCUUAGAGAAAGUCGGAGCGCUCAGCAGAAGGGCAACGUCGUGGAGGAUGAGAGUAAUAUCUUACAGGACGGCACUCUCAUCGAUCUUUGUGGCGCUACUUUGCUCUGGCGAUCGGCAGAGGGUCUCGCCAAGUCUCCGACCAAGCAAGAUCUGGAGGAAUUAGUGGACGCUAUAAAUGCCGGGAGGCCGCAAUGCCCGGUAGGCCUCAACACGUUGGUCAUACCGCGCAAAGCAGCCACAGACUCGACGCAACAACAGCCAUACGUUUAUCUCAAGUGCGGCCACGUGCAGGGACAUCAUGAUUGGGGUCAGGAGAAGGACAAGGUUACGAGAAGGUGUCCGAUGUGCCUGGUUGCUGGCGCAGUGGUGAAGCUGUCCAUGGGAAUAGAGCCCGCCUUUUACGUGGACUGUGGACCACCGACUUACGCGUUUAGUCCCUGUGGUCACAUGGCUACGGAGAAAACCGUCAAAUAUUGGGAGAAAGUAGCCAUACCGCAUGGCACGAACGGCUACAUCGCAAUCUGUCCCUUUUGUGCGGUCCCACUUGAGGGAACACCGGGAUAUGUAAAACUAAUUUUUCAGGAUAAUGUAGAUUGAAGUUCUAAGAUAAUGGAAAUAUGUAGAAAUUCAUAACUUCUUAAGAAAUAUAUAUAAGAACUAUUAAACAAAAACUUGAGAGAAA